ACAAAUAUCUUACAUAACAACUGCCACACAUGCACCGCCACGAGGCUGGAGCACGACGGCUCGAAAAAAAAUCGGUCGCGAGCUUCUCGACGACAGAGGAAAGCAUUGAAAAGCCAUUCGAUUGCAGGCCCCAAUUGCAGACAGAGAAACUAAGGAAGCAACAGAGCCAACAGUCUGCGAAUCACGAGAGCAAGUGUUUACUUUGUUUAGUCGUACACCGAGGCUGUAAGAAUAUCAAGAGAGGCUUUCCGCUUUCGCUCCGCCGACACCCGAAGAUUCAGCAGAGAAGACUAUAAUAAUGAUUUCGCGACGUCUUUUAAGCCUGCGCGGCGUCACUGCUAAUAUACAAAGGCAAUGCCACUACUACCCAUCGCAUCUCACCCCCCUCCGACAACCCCUCCUCGUCCGCGUUCAACACCCCAGUCUCACCCUCGCCCGUCUCAGAAGCUCGUCAUCGGGCAAGCCGCCGUACGACGAAGAAGAGGACUUGACGCCGUAUGAAGAAAGCGACUUUGAACUUGACAAGGAGGAGGCCGAGGCGGCAGAAGAGGACUUGACGCCGUAUGAACUUAGCGACUUUGAAGCCGACAUCGAGGAGGCCGAGGUGGCCGAGGAAGCCAUGUUCGCCGCCGUCGAUCACGAUCCAGAUGCUCCGCAUCACCGGUCGGUUGGCGAGAUGAUUGCUGGUUUGGGCAGAUACGAAGAGAGCGUGGCGCCCGAGGAAAAAAGCGCUGAAUCUGUUUUCUCGGAGAAGUUCCCUCCUGCUGCAGAGCCAUCCCCCGUCAAGGAGGCUGCUAGCUCGUCCAAGACUGCUGCUUCGUCCGAGUCAGGGCGACGGCGCCCGAUCAGCCGCGAAGAGGCGGCUGAGAUUCUGGAGGCGCAAAAGAAGGAAGCGGCGAAGAUGUAUAAUUACGACGAGACAGUAGUGAAGGAGCUCGCAGAGAAGCUUUCGUCGCCGGACGUGAACCUGACGGCCGUGCUCGACAAGGAGAUUGCGAACCUGUUCCAGCGCGAGGUGCUGAAAGAGGAGGAGGUCCAUCUUAUGCAGCAAGUCAAGGCGCAGUAUGAGACUCGCUCGAAGAGUACGAAAGAAGAAGAGCAGACGACGGCGAUCGAGGCCGAGCGUAUCAGAGAGUUUUACCACAAGAUUCCUACUGGCCCUUCCGAGCGGUACAGUCCUUAUGAGAUCGCUCUACGAGCCGAGCACCAACGCAAACUAUCUCGCCCACUUGGAUCAAGCUACACCGAAUCCUACCGCCCAAGACACAACAUCAACUCGCCUCCCAACCCGACCGCAAUCACCGUCGCGAUGCUGACUGCCGCUGGCGCGCACCUCGGCCACGAGCCUUCGCGUCUGCGAAAAGGUAACCUGCCGUUCAUCCUCGGCGAGCGUGAGGGCAUUCACAUCAUCGACAUGGAGAAGACAGUUCCCUACCUCCGACGGGCAUGCCGAGUCGUCUCCGCUAUUGCCGAGCGCGGCGGUGUCAUCGUUUUUCUCGGCACGCGCGAUAACCACGAUCUCGUCGUCGUCGACUGCGCUCAGCGGAUGAAGGCAAACUACGUCACCCGCAGAUGGAUCCCCGGCGCGCUGACCAACCUCAAGACCGUAAUCGGCAUGCACCCUGUCACUGCCGUCGACAUGGAGGAUAACCCUGUGAACGCCAAGGUCCCGAAAAACUUCGUGAUGGUGCCCGAUCUAGUCAUCGUCCUCAACCCGGUCGAGAACCGCGCGGCGCUGAACGAGUGCAAGAUCAUGCGCGUGCCGACCAUCGGCAUCAUCGACACCGACUCUGAACCUACGCUCGUCACAUAUCCUAUCCCUGCUAACGACGACAGUCUGCGCUCGGUCGAGUUCAUCGCCGGCGUGCUCAGCCGCGCGGGUGAGAUUGGUCAGUAUAAAAGAAUGGAGAACGCGGAGCGUGAAAUCCUGCCUUCUUUUGCCGGGCUCUAAAUUGAUCGCCCUCCAUUCUUCUUCAAGUUCUGUAUCUAGUUUUAUUUCUCCUUUUCUUUAUCUUUAUCACUUUUUUGUUAUUCAUGC